CUGUUCGAUUGGAAGCCUGAACGCGCGCCGGGAGAGCCUCUGAGACACGAGAGAGUGGUAAUCAUAAAGAAUCUGUUCUCUCCGGAAGACUUUGACAAGGAAGUCUCGUUACUGUUGGAAUAUCAACAGGACAUCAGAUCCGAGUGCUUGAAAUGCGGCGACGUCCGAAAAGUUGUUAUUUACGACAGACAUCCGGAAGGUGUUGCACAGGUGACAUUUCGGGAGCCAACGGAAGCACAGGCGUGCGUUCAGUUAUUGAACGGUCGUUGGUUCAGUCAGAGGAAAAUAUCGGCAGAAAUCUGGGACGGCAAGACGAGAUACAAGGUUGCAGAAACCGACGCGGAAACGGAAGCCAGAAUUGCUAAAUGGGAUCAGUAUCUGGACGACGGGCAGGAGGAGCCGCGACAGAAAGUCGCGAGAAAUAAGAACAAAGAAGAACAGAAACAAGAGGAAACGAUUCAGAAAGAUUCUGAAAAAACGCAGGCGACGGAUAUUGCAGAACGUACAACGACAGAUGAAGUUGCGAGAGGGAGCGAAAAAACAUCGUCGAAUUCCGAGAAUUCAGGGGAAUUAGUUAGAAAUAAUGAC